UUGAACCGAAAAUUGUGCUUUCAGACAGUGAUAAUUGCUUCCGUGCCGCCAAACAGAAACCUAGCGAUCGGCUGAGAAGACGACACCAGUACCGGUGGCGGCCGACCGUUUCUUACUCUUCUCGGCCGAAAGAUCCUUGACGGAGCGGGGCAGAAUAUUUUACUAUAUCAAGUAUAAAAACGUACCACUCGACCACAGGUUCAAGUAGUCCAGUGCACAAUAGCAUUUGAAGUACAGUAGCGUAAACCCUUAAUCUAUCUAUAGCUCACAACCCGUCCACCACAAAAUGAAAUCAAUCCUAGUCUUCGUGUUCGCCCUGUUGGCGCUUGCUGCCGCACAGGAAGAACAACAAUACACCAGCCGAUUCGACACCCUGGAUUUGGACGAGAUCCUGAGUUCCGAUCGACUGUUCCGGAACUACUUCCAGUGCCUAAUGGACGAGGGCCGCUGCACCCCGGAAGGCAACGAACUGAAACGGGUCCUGCCGGAAGCCCUCGAGACGAACUGCGCCAAGUGUACCGAGAAGCAACGCCAGGACGGACUCCGUGCCAUCAAGUACCUGACCGAAAACCGCCCGGAAGAGUGGAAGGCACUGCGCACCCGGUUCGAUCCGGAGGACAAGUACUUCACUCUGUACGUGGCUGACGCCGAGAAGGAAGGAAUCAAACUGUAAUGGCAAGCGGUUGCGUUCUGUAUCAUAAGGUUAGUGUUUUUUUCUUUCGUUUUGUUUCCAAUCUGUUUUGUUUUGGCGAUGAAUCGUUCGGCAAAUAAAUUGUUCAAUUUGUGAGUAAUCAAAAAUCCAUUU